AUGGUCAUGUCGUUACAAGUAUGCGCAUCUCUAUCUAAUGAGGACGGUGGGCACAAGCCCCGACAUAAUGACAAGGCCAAUGUCAUUCUUGUCGUCACCACCUCGUCAGGAUUCUCAUGGGGGUUGACUCUCCGAGCAGAGAUUUGCGUAGCCACUGGUUAUGACGACCCCUUGGCAGAUGCGAUCCUAGGUCGGACUAUCGCGGCAGCUGCGGAUGGGGAGCAGGCAUUUUUGGUGAUCGACUCGUGGGUGAACUCGUGUAUCAAUGAGCACCAUACGCAUUGCAAGGAAUCUCCACAACCACCACGACUACCAACACGAGUGAUAGAUGUCAGCUCCCCGGAGCUCGAUGUAUGGACAGUAUGUAUCCGGGACGACCAGAAUAAGGAGGAUCACACCGGUCGUUAUGUUGCAUUAAGCCACUGCUGGGGCAAAUGCCUUCCAUUCGCGACGACAACCGAGAACCUGGAGGACCGUAAGCGGGAAAUCCGCAUCAGUGACAUGUCUCAAGUCUUCCAAGAGGCGAUUCUUAUCACUCGUCGGCUUGGGAUCCGAUAUCUCUGGAUCGAUACACUUUGCAUUGUUCAGAACGAUCGACACGACUGGCAGGUCGAGGCCGGGAGAAUGGCAGCAGUAUACAUGGAUGCCUUUCUGGUGAUCGGAGCGUCAAAGUCGAGUGCCGAUGAUCAAGGUUUUCUUUGCCCUCGAGAACAUCGGGCUUCGCUCAGUUUUGUCGAAUCCCCUCAUGCGGGACCCGUCAGUUCUUUGAACUUAUCCCUCCUCCCUCCAGUCGGUGAGCGAUGGACAUCUGGCCAGGAUCCGGUUUCACCGGAGCCACUUCAAAGCAGAGCCUGGUGCUUGCAAGAGCGGUAUCUGUCCCAACGCAUCUUACUGUACGGUGCGAGGCAGCUCUUUUGGGAGUGUCGGACACUAAGCCAGGCCGAAGAUGGUGAUGUGAGGCUUGGUAAUAUCCAUAACCUGGAUCGGCUCAGAAGAACAGCGGCGAUUGAGAGGUCCGUAUUCGGCCCUCGUCCGAACGGCGACUCAGAAGUUAAUUAUCGAGGGUGGUAUGAAAUGAUUGAGGAGUAUACACAACGGUCAAUCUCGAUCCAGUCAGAUCGGCUCCCUGCAUUAUCCGGUGUGGCAAACGCAAUGGCGCAGAAGUCGAAGGACGUAUACUAUGCUGGGCUUUGGAAGAAAGGACUGAUCGAGGGUUUACUAUGGUCUGGAACAAACCGCAAGGAGCCACUCAUGAAGCCAACGGCAUAUCGCGCCCCAUCCUGGUCUUGGGUUUCUGUCGAGGGACCAGUCAAAUUUAUUGUUUACCAUUUCAUCGACCGGUGUAGGUGGAAGCGUGCCAUCGCAGACUAUGAGCCACUGGCGACAUUCAUUGAUUGCAAUGUGGAACCAGACAGCCCAGAUUUAUAUGGCGCUGUCCGCGGUGGCUAUCUUCGUCUGAAUGCACCGCUCCUGUCUAUUGAGACUAUUUGUCCAACGGACCAUAGCUCGCCGUUCUCUGAAAUGCUGCUACUGCCCCUGCGGAACCCUGUUGUAGAUAAACUGGUGAAAGUCGAUGUUGGACAUGAUCAGUUCUUUCUCCAAGCCGGUUUUGAUCUCGAUUCUGAGCCACUAUUACUUCAGGAGCAACUGUUUGUUCUCCUUCUUGCUCGCCUUCCAGAUGGCAACACUGGGUUUUCUCCCUUCAUAGACCAUCGGUUUGGUUUGUUAGUUAAACGCACCGAGAAGGACAACGAGGUCUACGAACGAGUUGGUAUUAUCGACUCGCCAAUCCUACAAAAGGCUACCUACGGGGGGUUCUGGAUGAUCAUUCUUUGCGUUCUCGAAAGCUUGCUCCGGUUUCUGCAAAGGCUCUCAAAGUCUGAAAACAGGUCUUCUAUCUCUAACCUGACCCCACGGCUGUUUGUCCCAGAAAAGGCCCUAACUGAAGAACCUGAGGAAGAGAUGCCUGCGGACCCAAUGCCCGAACUAGAACAGUAUUCAGUCUCGAUUACUCUUGUCUGA